AGUGAGUGUGAGUGAGUGAGUGAGUGAGUGAGUGAGUGAGUGAGUGAGUGAGUGAGUGAGUGAGUGAGUGAGAACACACAUUAUAACUUGGUAUAUUUGUUAUUUACCUCUUUAAAGUUGGGUCUUUUUUUAUUGUUGGUGUACCCUCACUGAAUUCAAUUUCAAAACCUUUUUGAAUGAGUGGAAUGUAUUAUCUGUAUCUGUGCACAAAUUACAGACCAGAAAAGCAUGCAGACUUCAGAGUGAGCCAUGUCCAGUUUGCAAUCUGUGCUCUUUUUGCUUGGGUGAGACAGAUAUUUUCUUGUCAUGAUGAAACAUGGUUCUGUUACCUCUGGUCUUGUGUAUUAUAAGACCCUUGUACUGAUACUGCCACUCUUUUGUCCUAAGUAAGAACUAUUAAGAUGUUAGAAAGUUAUAAUACUACAUUUCAAAUAUUGUAGACACUGAAAGGAGAGUGUACUGAUCUUUUGGAUAUCUGGUUUUGUGUGUUUAUCAGCACAUGUGUGUCCUUAAAACACGAGAAAAUGUACUGACUUGAAAUUUGAAUUCAAAUUUUGCUGUAUAAAAUUGUACAAACCGUGCACAUUUCAAAUGUUCAAAUCCUGCUACAACUGCAGCAGAUGACCCUGUGCCUUGAAUUUGUGCUUUUUACCGGCAUUGCAUUAAUGGAAGAAUGUAUUUGAUUUGAGAAAUGUUAACCAAGUUUGAAGGUUGGGUAAGGCCUAGAUGUAGGUGACAUCUUAAGAUUUGGUAUUUUGUAGCAGUUUCUUUAUAUCUUUAAUCAAACGCUUUUAUUUAUUUAUAUAUAUAUACACACACACAUAAUUUUUUUUUUUUUUUUAUAGAACAAUCAAGGCCUUUGUAGGAAGAUUGGCCUGACAUCUGCCAGCUGUUGGGAUGUGUAAAACAACAAAAUGACACAAAUGCUUUUGGAAGUAAGCCAAUGAUUUGUGCAUCAGUGUCAUGAAUUUUUUGUACAUCUCCUGAAGAACAGUGUACCUACACCUCUCACUAACGUAAAUGUUUAAUGUGAUGACAAUUCUACGCUUGUGCUUCACAUUGAACCUCAUAAAUGCAUUCAUUACCGCUGAUGCAUUUUAUGUAUAUUAAUAUAACUGUAAUAUGUUUUGAUCUUGUUGUAUGGGGGUUGGUCAGUAAGACCUUUUAAAGGAUGCCGAAGUUUUAAUAUUAUUUGCCAGUUGUAUAAAUAGCUCAAAUUAAAUGUUUAUUAGCAGUUUAUAUAUUUUGUGAUUUUAGAAAUUGUCCAAGAUUGCAUCACAGUCUUUCUCCCCAUUUAUGUUUGAUUGCUCUUUAUCACCUUUCCUUUCUUUUUUUUAACCUUUUAUAUUAUGUUCAGAAAAGUACAUUUGCUCUCAGUUCAUUAGUUAGACUGUUCAUUAUUGCAUUGUCCUAGGACAGGUUGGAUAGCCAUUUUGUCUUACAGCUUUAUUUCUUUGUGGCAUUUAUUCAGCAAUGUGUUGGGAACAUACUUUAGAGCAGAUGUCUCAAACAGGGUUGAAGGUGACAUUUAUGGUUGAUUUGACAAUUGAUGCGCCACCCGCCACGCACACACACACACAAAUUUGGCACAAAUCCAACAUAUUUUACCGAAUGGAUAAAUGGAGAGAAGAUGUUAUCUUCUAGUCAGACAUGCACACAUUCAGCAAUACAUAGGAGCUCUCUCGAGAUCGGUGCGGUCAGCGCAAGAUUAGCCUGGACCUUUCCUCCAUGCAUCCUGCACACAAAGAGGAGGACCUACCCCUAACGCUAUUGUGCCAAUUACAAUCAGGUUCCUCAUCAUUGACAGAGACCCACAUUCAGUCCCCAGGUGACUAUGAUCCCAGGUGCAAGGAUAUAUACCUUGUCUUAUUGAUAUAAAAUCAUGAAUAUAUGAACCAGUGUAUUAUUUGAAUACCUUAAUAUUGAAUGCACAAAAACAAGGUAGAUUUAUAUAUGGUACUGCCUUGAAGAGAUUAGUCUGUAUUUACCUAGCAUCAUGCAGUUGUAGAUUUGUUGGUUGCACAUCCUUAAUGUGAAUCUCUCAUGCCAUGACCUCCCAAAGGACUGGAUUACUGUAAGAGGUUACUGUGGGGGCAAUCCUAGUUACAGUAAACUCGUCGUCUUAAUGAAGAAACCAGUUUGACAAUAGUUUAACUUUAGAGAUAAUGCGUUCUCCAGCUGGAAGUAGCCAAAAGAAGAUGGGUAGGCACUUCAUUAAUAGCAAAAUGCAACUGUAUCUUACUUGAUGUUUUCUCUUUGGACCACUCUCUUUAAAACCCUGUAAAGUUAUGUUAAAAGCCCAGUAGAUCAGACCAGCCUGUCUUGCACCAACACACUGAAGGUUGAAUGCUCAGUUUGAACUUCAGCAGAUUGUCUAAAUGCAGUUGCUGCCAUGUGACUGGCUGAGUAGAUAUUUGAAAUGAGAAGUUAUGUAACAGUAGGGUAUGUGUAAUUAAAUGGCCAAAUCAAAAUCUGCGAGAGUUUACUAAGUUGUGUUGGUAUUAGACACUGAUUUAACUAGCCGGGACAGUAGUCUUACAAUAUAUGCCCACAAAUAAAACCCAAAAGCGAUUUAAUCAACUUGGUAUUGUAGAAUUCAUUAAAUUUGAAAAUUGUGAAAUAGAAAAAUGCAUUUUUUUUAUAUAAUAACCAUUGCUACACCGUUUCAUUAUGCUGUGUCGAGACUGCUGUGAAACAGUAAAACGGUCAGUGAGUGGGGUCCUGGCCAUAAUUGGAGAUAUGCAAGUCCCUGACAUUCUGCCCUGCCCACCAUGUCAGCUUUCCAGGCUGUGUCAGCUUCAGGCCAAGUUAACGGCUGAAGACCGUCACGAGCUGCACCAUUGCUGCUGCUGAUCUGCGGGUUGCCAAGUGGGGAAAAUCUGAAACGUGAAGCGGUUGGUGGUGCUCCGUGGGCCGGUGUUUGGCGUAAUUUUCUCCCGCAGUCAUGUCAGGCUUCAGUCUCCUCCAUCUGAUAACCAAGAGUCAGCCUGUAUCUCUGAGAUCUUGCAGUCUUCCUUCAGGAGCAUGUACGACUAAGAUGUGGCCAGUGAACUUCUCCCAAGAGGAGCUGAGGAAACGCCUCACAUUAAUGCAGUACCACAUUACCCAGGAGAGAGGAACUGAAAGUGCUUUCAGUGGAAAAUUCACACAUCUAAAAGAAGAGGGGACAUAUACUUGUGUUGUCUGUGGUGCCCUGCUGUUCAGCUCUAACACAAAAUUUGACUCUGGAUCAGGUUGGCCAGCCUUCUUUGACCUGAUAAAGGAAGACUCUGUCCAUUUGUCCAAUGAUUUCUCCAAUGGGAUGCACAGGGUGGAGACUUCCUGCAGCCAGUGUGGUGCUCAUCUGGGACAUCUGUUUGAAGAUGGUCCAAGGCCCACAGGAAAACGUUACUGUAUUAACUCUGCUUCAUUGAAUUUCCAGCCCAAAAACGCUGCCACCUGCUCCUGAGCUGAGGGUGGAGUGACAAGAUAGAGUUCUGAAAAAAAGAUGCAGGAACCAGAGCCUACUGACAACUAUGUAUGAAGAGUCAAAUUUUGCACAGAUGAUCGCAUAUUAUCUUCAAUCACAAGGCAAUAUUUUCACCCCCAACAAAGCAGUUUUGAAGUCAUAGUCAAAGCUGCGUGACACAGCUAAAUGUCUCUGGGGAAACCAGUAUUUCAUAGUCUUGGUGCUAUUUUACGAUUUUAUUCACACACAUGCAUACACACACACACACACACACAGUGGUUAGAUGAAUGUCUUUCAGAGUGGCUGAGUGUGGCUUCCUGAUGGCUGGUGGCAGACACACUUGAUCUCCAUAUCCUCAUCAGGACCUCUUCAGAUGUAGUUUGACUAUCAUUUGACACCUGGUUGUCUGUAUCUGUGUCUCUGUUCUCUGCUGGUUCUCAUUCAUCCAAAUGAGAAUGAACUUUAUUGAAAUAAACCUGUUUAAAUUUC